AUGAAGUUUGAAGCGACGCUGUCGUGCAACAACGUCUUCAUAAGUGACCUUGGUGUUGGUGGCAGGAAGACAUUUCUUUUGGCCUCGACUCCACGAGUAGGUGAUGGAGACUCAUAUAACUGUUGCACGCAACUCGGAGUGAAGACAAUAGCCUGCGUGGACUGUGAACUCCCAGACCGUUCUUGUUCUGAAGUAGUUUUUGGGAUUCCAAACACCAGUGCAAAACGUUUUGUCCACGAAUUAGGGGCUAAUUUCACAUUCGUAACUGCAAUGAGAUUUCCCAGCACAUGUGCAUUGGCAAGAAGUGAAAAUCUUAAUCCGUCCUUCGUUCCCGCAAAAUCUAUAAUGUUUAUUCUGAGACAUCUUGCCAAAAGUGCCAAAAUGAAUGAGGCCCAUUUAGAGGUUGAUCCAAUGAAUUUCCUAGCGCCAGGGAAUAAAAAAUGUAAGAAAUGUGACAAUGAUAAUGAAGAUGACGAUGACAAUGACGUCUAUACCAUCGCAAUCAACAGCGUUAACAUUCAGGACAACGACCACGCCGUAGUUGCUUACAGUACUCUCCAGCUGCAUUUGACUCAGAUUUUGCCUUUGAAUGGAUGGGAUUUCUCACGACUAAGAAAUGCUCAGUGCUGCCUCAUGCAAUUUGUAAAUGAUGGUGUCGAUUGUGAGCCCGUCAACUUCUUAGGUCAGGGUUGUCCAACUUGCGGCUUCCGACACUGGCGUUUGUUUGGGAGUUUUUUGUUUGGGUUUUUGUUUGAUGAUGAUGAAGGAGAAGAAGUUGAAGGAGAAGAAGAAGAAGAAGGAGAAGAAGAAGAAGACGAUGGAGAAGAAGAAGAAGACGAAGGAGAAGAAGAAGAAGACGAAGGAGAAGAAGAAGAAGAAGAAGAAGAAGAAGAAGAAGGAGAAGAUGAAGGAGAUAAAGAAGAAGAAGGAGAUGAAGAAGAAGGAGAUGAUGAAAAGACUUUGAAGUCGUGGACACAUCACACUUCAUCUCAGACUGAAGGCAUUGGAAAUGAGAGUGAUGCGUUAGUUCUGCUAAUGUUCCACGAGCUCUUCACAUCUGAAUCAACGUCACGACAAAUCAACGCCACAACCAACUUCACAUUAAAUCAAUGCCAGAAUCAACGUCGAAACGCUCCCAAGGUACACCAACAAAAAGCGGGCAAAGCCAACGCCUGCCUAUCACGGGCAUGCGUCUACACAGUUGCAGUGACGUCAUUGACAAACCACAUCCUGCGCGACAACACAUGCGGACAUUAUCGAACAGUUGAAGGCUCAACCAUUGCUCUCGUCGCUCUGCCAGCCUGGCAAGAGCACCUCCCCCCCCCCCACCUGGAGCAUCGCGUGCCACGGAGCUGCGGCGGCUGUGAGUCGAGCCCCUCCGUGCGCCGCGCCGCGCCGCGCCGGAGCGCUUCCGCCGGCUGUCGCGAGAACACGGGCGCGAGGGCGACGCACAGGCGCCCCAUCGCCUCCGAGGAGCGCCCCCCCCGCUUCGUGCCAGGUGCGAUUCCGCUGUCCAUCGCGCUCGUUUCUGCAGCUAACUCACUCGAGGAUGUACUUACUCCCGAGCCACCACAAAUGGGACACAAAGUGCAGUCUCGGUUAUGGCACGAGACACCUGGAUUGGGGCAACUGCUCAUUUUGCUUGUGGGGUAUGGUCAAUGUAGCAAAACAUUUGGUUUGACCGUUGGGAAGGAGGCAAAAUGUUUACCUUGGGGCUCGAAAGUGACAAAUCUGCCGCCUGCUACACAAUAUGAAUCAAAAGAGAAUCCUGAGCGGCCUUUUUCCCUCUUGGAUUUCCCGUUCAGUGUAGUCACUCUGCAGACACCCACACGACUGUCCGAAAGGCAGAUGAAUGUCCAUGCAACACCUGAGGAUCAGGACAACCAGAUCCAGAUGUGCUACGUCUAUGCUACAGCUACAGGCCUACAGCUACAGCUACAGCUACAUGCUAAUCAGCUACAAGCUACAGCUACAGCUACAGCUACAGCUACAGUACGUUCACACAGCUACAGCUACAGCUACAGCUACAGCUACAGCUACAGCUACAGCUACAGCUACAGCUACAGCUACAGCUACAGCUACAGCUACACUACAGCUACAGCUACAGCUACAGCUACAGCUCAGCUAACAGCUACAGCUUACAGCUACAGCGUUACAGCUACAGCUACAGCUACAGCUACAGCUACAGCUACAGCUUACAGCUACAGCUACAGCUACAGCUACAGCUUACAGUAUCAAGCUACGCAUACAGCGUACAGCUACAGCUACAGCUACAGCUACAGCUACAGCUACAGGCUACAGCUAACAGUUCUACAGCUACAAGCUACAGCUACAGCUACAGCUCAGCUACAGCUACAGCUACAGCUACAGCUUACAGCUACCAAGCUACAGGGAAAUUUCUUUGCCACGCGCCGCAUCGUGGGGCUGCAGGCGAAGCAGGAAGGGGCCCCGACGGUCCCGUUCAGGAAACUCACCACAACCCGAAAGGCUUGCGGUGCCGCGAAGCGUCCGUCAAGGUUUGACGCAGCCGUGACGUCACGGCACGAGGAGGGCAGCGCCGCCGCCGCCGCCGCCGCUGCCAGCGUCCGCCGAGGAGGGGAAAGUCCUAGACGCGGCGCGCGCUCGUAUAUAAACGUAGAGGUGAGCACUGACCUUUUCAGUCGAGGGUAG